UGUGUGUUUGUUAUUUUUUCAUUUUGUGCAUUUCAUUUCGAUUUUUCAAGUGAUCAUGUGUUCGUGUCAAUGAUUUUUGUUACUUGAUCGUAUAACAAAUAAGCAAACAAAUUACCUGCUUUUUAUUUCGUCAGGUGCAUCUGAUCAUCAACGCCGUAAUCCAAAUCACUUAAUAUAUACGAAAAAAAAAUGCAAAUAAAGUGUAUUUCGUGCUGAGAAAAAACGUAGCUUUUGUUGUUGACCUGAUUAUAGAGAAGAGAAUAAGAGACAAGUGUGGCCGUGUUACGUUUAUUUCGUUCUUUUUUUUUCUCAUUUGUUUGCAGUUUUGCAUUUGUAUAUGUGUAUGUGUCUGUGUAUUAAAACAUACAGAUAUUUCUUUAUUAUCCAUCGGUGUGCACGCAUAUAUGCCUGCGCUCAUUUGCGGAACUACGCUCUUUCACCGAUUCGCUUUGACGUUGUUGUUCUUUCGUCAAACUGCAAUAAUAGUGGAAUAUAUAUAAAAGACAAAAGAAGAUAUCAAAGAAACAGAAGAGAAAAAAUUUGUUAUAAAGUGUACAAAGACGAUCUUGUGUGUGAAUCGAAGCGUAUGCAUGUGCCUGCGUAUAUAUCGAAUAAGCUGAGAUCGUGGCUUACAGAUAAGCAACAAAUUGAAGACAGCUGCUAACUGUGCUGUUUAACGUAAUGAAAUAAUGUUGUGAUAUCGCGAUAUUAUUCAAGCAAAAGUGGAGAACAAAAUCUGUAAAAGUAACGUGAUUCAAAGUCGGGGCCUUCUAGUGUGAGCAUGUAUUUGUGUUACUUCAUCGAUCGAAAUAUAAAGACUCCAAAGUGCUAAAAUUUGCGAUAUAUUCGAAAAUAGUGAGUUAAUAUCGAUGAUUGUACUGAAAAUUAGAAAUCAAAAAAGUUAAAAACGUUUCAGCAGAAAAAAAGUUUGAAGGUAGAAGUGAAGUAACGAGAAACGGUUUUUCUUAUUUGGUUGCCGUUGUGAUUUUUUUUUGUGUUUGCCGUCGACGUGUGACGGAUCGCUUGAUUUUAAUAUUGCUCGAAAGAACAAAUUGCUUUGUUCGCGUGGUGAAUCGCUGAAAAUAACAAAUUUUCGUUGUUGUUUUUUUCUUCUCAAAUACAUACACAAAUAACAAUUGAAGAACAUCCAAAAUGCCAUUUUUUACGAAAAAAUCACCAACACCAACACCGUUCGACAAUAAUAAUCACAAAAGUUCAACAACCACAAAUAAUCCCAAUAUUCUAUCAACAGCAUCACAAUUACCAAUGGCACAGCACAUCAUUGAGAAAAAAGUGCCAUCGCCACAAAUUGAUGCAAAUAUAUUGAAACCUCAGCUCAUAUUUCAUUGUCAACUGGCCCAUGGAUCACCAACUGGUUUGAUUUCAGGCUUUGGCAGCGUUAAAGAGCUCUACCAAAAAAUCGCCGAAUGCUAUGACUUUUCCGUGGAUGAGAUUAUUUUCUGCACGCUUAAUUCUCAUAAAGUGGAUAUGACGAAAUUGCUAGGCGGCCAAAUUGGAUUGGAUGACUUUAUUUUUGCGCAUCGCAAAGGUCGACCUAAAGAAAUUGAAAUUGUCAAAUCGGAAGAUGCGCUAGGACUAACGAUUACAGACAACGGUGCCGGAUAUGCAUUUAUUAAACGAAUUAAAGAAGGAAGUGUUAUCGAUGCCAUUCCACACAUACAGCCAGGUGAUCACAUAGAGAAAUUGAAUAAUAUCAAUGUGGUAGGAAAAAGACACUAUGAAGUGGCACGAUUAUUAAAAGAUAUCCCAACACAUUCGACUUUUACACUACGACUUAUUGAACCAAUGAAGAGCGGUUUUCAGGGAAUCGGUCCACGAAAUGGAUCGAAAGGUGGUAGUGGCAAAAAAGGCUAUGGAUCUGGCAAAGAAACGCUACGAUUUAAAGCCAAUGGAAAUGCGGCGGUCGAAGAACAACACGAUGAAAUGACACAAAUGGGCAUCGACAACAUAAAUGCACUCUUGGACUCGUUUAUGGGCAUCAACGAUAGCGAACUGGCCGAACAGAUUUGGGAUUUAGCAAAUAAUAAAACAAAUUCAAUGGAUUUUGCAGAGGCGAUUGAUAAUUCGGAUUUGGAAGCAUUUGAAUUUACCGAUGAUUUUAUCAUUGAACUGUGGGGAGCUGUGACUGAUGCGAAACGUCAUAAAAAGAGUUAAAACGGUGUAAUCUUAUUGCUUUCAUUUUGACUAGACGCUAUAAUUCAUAUUAUGAUUAGAUAGCUAAUUAACAAAAAGAACAAAAUUCAUUCCACGAUGAAUAUUCCUCGAUUCCACGAAUGUGUAUCAGAAUAAUAAACCGAUCUUUUGUUUUUAAAAAUUCGUCAAUUCCUCGUAAAUGUCAUUCUCGCAAAGAAAAAAAAAACAUAUCGAGACGAUUUUAAGGAGUGUUGGUACAAAAUAUACGAAGAACUUUCGCAUCGGACGAAGAAAAGACGUGACAUUUUUUUGUAAACAUAUUGUUUAGUUAAAGUAAAAAACAUGAUUCAAUGGAAUAAAAUGCUACGAAUAAGAGUC